AUGAAGCUCUUCGUGACAGGUGGUACAGGUUUUGUCGGGGCACCUUUUGUAAAGGAAGCUAUUUCCAAUGGACAUCAAAUUCUCGGACUUGCCAGAUCGGACGAGUCGGCUGCAGCUCUCAAAGCUGUUGGAGCAGAAAUCAUCCGUGGAGACUUAGAAGAUCUUGAUGUAUUAAGAAAAGGUUCAAAGGAAUCCGAAGGAGUAGUUCAUAUUGGCUUCGUUCAGGACUUUGAAAAUUUUCAGAAUUCUUUAGAAAUAGAUCAAAGAGCUGUAAAGGCUAUGCUUGAGAGUCUUGAAGGAACCAAUAAAUUCUUUGCCUACACGAACGGUCUUCUUGUAUUACCUACAAAAAAAGGAGAAACUGCUGACGAAUCCACCCCAAUUACAUAUGAAGAUAGUAUGGUUCUACUUCGUAAGUACACAGAAAAGCUUGCAUUGUCCUAUGCUAGUAAGGGGGUUCGUGUUGUGUCUGUAAGGUUAGCUCUUUCAGUUCAUGAUAAGGGUGACCGUGCUUUCAUAGGUCUUUUAAUGGAAAAUGCAAAGAAGAACCACGUGUCUUAUUAUGUGGAGGAUGGCGAAAAUGUGUGGUCAGCAGUACAUCGUGACAAUGCUGCAGUGCUUUACAGGUUAGCUGUAGAAAAGGCACCUGCGGGGUCCAUCCUUCAUGCUGUAGCGGAACUGGUUCCAGCGAAGAAAAUUGCAAUGGCAAUUGCAGAAGCUACAAAUAUUCCUGUCGACUCCAUCAGCUCAGCUCAGGCGGUCGAAAAAUUGGGGUUCAUUGGUACCAUAAUUCAGAUAAAUUCUGACAUCUCGAGUGAGAAAACUCGAAGUCUCUUGGGAUGGGUUCCAACUAAACUCGAUCUCCUAUCCGAUAUCAAGGAGAACUACUAG